GUCAGCGCUCAUCGCCCCCUCUAGCGGAUCACUAUAUCUACCUUGUGUAAAAUUAGGAGUUACCGCCAGAAGACAUAGUGAAACUCAGGGUUUAUGAUGUAAACAUUCACGCAACUGCAGUUGCCACUACCAGUGCCAUUGAUCUGACAUCAAAGCCUGGGCUUAUUUGUUAAAGUCAACACUCAAGAUUUAAGCGUCCUAUAAUUUUUCCCAGCUAUGCCUGCAAAGAAAAAGAAUGGGUUCAUGAUAUUAAUGAUAGAGCUGCAAGAGGAAUUUCGCAGAGAUGGAAGAAAUGUGCCUAUGCAAGAAAUGCCAACUCUAGCCGCACCAAAAUGGAAGCUUUUGUCAGCGAUGGAGAGAGAUCGAUAUGAUAAUGAGGCAAAGGGAUUGAAUCAGCAAGCACGCAACAUUCAGCGCAAUGCUUUAGUGAUCACAGAUACAGGUGAAACAGAAGAACAGAAAAUGGAGCGAAAUAAGCGUGAAAGAGAGCUGGUCCAGUCAGAAUGGACAAGUAAACCGAUGGUAGCCAGGCAGAAGUUCUACCUGAUGAAUUGGCAGACUCUGUGCAAGACAGAAGAGGGCCAUUAUGUUCCGGGAGAGGUGGCCUGCGUCGAGUAUAGUCUUGAGAAGGGCAUUAUGAGGGAAUUUCACCGCUUCAUAGCUCCAGGUGAAAUCCCUAAAGGCUAUGCCUAUAAAUGUAAACAGACGUGUGAAGACACACACAAAAUACCCUAUCAAAAUUUUAAGCUGGCCAAAAAUGACUACAAGAACAUAUAUACAGAGCUGUGUAACUUUGUACGAAGGGACAGAGGAGACUGCAGUCCUGUCUACCUGAUGGUGUGACUACCAUGAUUCGAGCGAGGCGGAAACGCUCUACUGUGCGCUCGGAUUCUGUAAGCGCAGAUGCUUCUGUAUUUCCGAUGCACUGUGUCUCGUGUAUGCCUGUGAGAUUACACCUAGACACAUGCCCGAGCGACCACAGAAGCAACCCUUCACUGUCAUACAAGCACAAACCAUUCCAGAUGUCGCCCCGUUAAGAAUUCGCAUUGGUGGUGCUGCUGCAGCCACAGCAGCUCCAUUACCCGAGGCGCCUCCUGCUUACAGUCAGCCAGCCGCCAUCGACGACCCUGAUGACGUGCCACUGCGUAGACCUGUUGCUGCUCCACAAGCAAUGAUAGUGCAGCAGCAGAAGCUACAACAACAGCAGCA